AGUAGCGUUGUCCGUAGGUCCUCAGCCCUGUGUCCUCGGCCACCGACCCAGCUGCUGACCUGUAUCCACCCCUCCCCUGCCUUUAGAGGGUACAGGCGACAGCAGUUUCUCUAGGUGGUCGAACAGCCGCCAAACGUCUCCGUCGAGCUGCUUUUUCUAGUUGGCGGCUCCUCUGGGCUGCGUCCAGGUCGGGGGGUGGGGAAAAAUGGCGCCGGCGCCCCAAGGCGUCCGGGAGGAGCCGCUGCUGGAGUGUGGGUCCGGACUGCUUUCCCGGCUGCUCUUCCUCGCCCAGGCAGUCCUCCUCCUGCUGCCGGCCGCCCGGGCAGGCCUCUGCCCCGCGCCCUGCUCCUGCCGCAUCCCUCUGUUGGAUUGCAGUCGCAGGAAACUGCCAGCGCCCAGCUGGAGGGCGCUGUCGAGCUCACUGCCCCCCGACGCCGUCAGCCUGGAUUUGAGUCAUAAUCGGUUGUCUAACUGGAACAUAAGCUUGGAAUCUCAAACAUUACAAGAAGUGAAAAUGAAUUAUAAUGAGCUAACUGAAAUCCCAUAUUUUGGAGAACCAACCACUAAUAUUACUCUUCUCUCAUUAGUCCAUAAUAUAAUCCCAGAAAUAAAUGCAGAAGCAUUCCAGUUUUACCCUGCUCUCGAGAGUUUAGAUCUCAGCUCAAAUAUAAUAUCAGAAGUCAAGACAUCUUCAUUUCCUCGAAUGCAGCUUAAAUACCUGAAUUUGAGCAAUAAUAGGAUAACCAUCUUGGAGGCUGGUUGCUUCGAUAAUUUGUCAAGUUCCUUAUUAGUGGUAAAGUUAAACAGGAAUAGAAUUAGCAUGAUUCCACCCAAGAUCUUCAAGCUACCUCACCUCCAAUUCUUGGAACUUAAAAGAAACAGGAUUAAAGUUGUGGAAGGUCUCACAUUCCAAGGUCUAGACUCCUUAAGAUCUUUGAAAAUGCAGCGGAAUGGAAUUAGCAAACUCAAGGAUGGAGCUUUUUUUGGCUUGGAUAACAUGGAAGAAUUAGAACUGGAGCAUAAUAACCUUACAGAAGUGAACAAGGGGUGGUUGUAUGGCUUGCGAAUGUUACAACAGCUCUAUGUGAGCCAGAAUGCUGUUGAAAGAAUCAGCCCUGAUGCAUGGGAGUUCUGCCAAAGACUGUCUGAACUUGAUUUGUCCUAUAACCAGUUGACCCGCCUGGAUGAAUCUGCCUUUGUGGGUCUGAGCUUACUGGAGAGAUUGAACUUAGGGGACAACAGAGUCACUCACAUUGCUGAUGGUGUAUUUAGGUUUCUUUCCAAUCUUCAGACACUAAACUUAAGAAACAAUGAAAUUUCAUGGGCCAUAGAAGAUGCUAGUGAAGCCUUUGCUGGACUCACAAGUCUCACUAAAUUAAUCUUACAAGGAAAUCAGAUUAAGUCAAUUACAAAGAAAGCAUUCAUUGGUCUUGAAUCCCUUGAGCAUCUAGAUUUGAACAACAAUGCCAUAAUGUCUAUCCAAGAAAAUGCUUUUUCCCAGACUCGCUUGAAAGAACUAAUUCUGAACACAAGCAGUUUGCUCUGUGACUGCCAUUUGAAGUGGUUGCUUCAGUGGCUGGUUGAUAAUAACUUUCAACAUUCUGUGAAUGUAAGCUGUGCACACCCUGAAUGGCUAGCAGGGCAAAGCAUCCUGAAUGUGGAUCUGAAAGAUUUUGUCUGUGAUGAUUUUCUCAAGCCACAGAUAAGAACCCAUCCUGAAACCACAGUUGCUCUAAGAAGCAUGAACGUGACUCUGACAUGCACUGCAGUGAGCAGCAGUGAUUCACCCAUGUCUACUUUGUGGCGCAAAGACAGUGAAAUCUUGUAUGAUGCUGAUAUUGAGAAUUUUGUUCGUUAUCAGCAACAAGCUGGAGAAGCUCUGGAAUAUACUAGUGUCUUACAUCUUUUCAAUGUAAAUUUCACAGAUGAAGGAAAAUAUCAGUGUAUUAUUACUAAUCACUUUGGUUCUAACUAUUCUCAUAAAGCCAAACUGACUGUGAAUGAGAUGCCAUCUUUUCUGAAAACUCCAAUGGAUCUAACUAUUCGCACUGGUGCCAUGGCCAGAUUAGAAUGUGCUGCAGAGGGGCACCCUGCACCUCAGAUUUCCUGGCAGAAAGAUGGUGGUACUGACUUUCCUGCAGCUCGAGAGAGACGCAUGCAUGUCAUGCCUGAGGAUGAUGUCUUCUUCAUUGCAAAUGUGAAAAUAGAAGACAUGGGGAUCUAUAGCUGCAUGGCACAGAACAUAGCAGGCGGCCUCUCAGCAAAUGCUUCAUUAAUCGUGUUAGAGACACCCUCAUUUAUUAGACCUCUGGAGGACAAGACAGUAACCCGAGGUGAAACUGCAGUAUUACAGUGCAUAGCUGGAGGGAGUCCUGCCCCUCGCCUCAACUGGACCAAAGAUGAUGGACCACUGCUGGUGACAGAACGGCACUUCUUUGCUGCAGCCAACCAGCUUCUCAUCAUUGUAGAUGCUGGGCUAGAAGAUGCUGGGAAAUAUACCUGCAUUAUGUCCAACACCCUUGGGACAGAACGUGGUCACAUUUACCUAAAUGUGAUUUCCACCCCCAAUUGUGACUCUUCCCAGAGUAGCAUUGGGCAUGAAGAUGAUGGGUGGACCACAGUUGGCAUUGUCAUCAUUGUUGUGGUCUGCUGUGUUGUGGGUACCUCUUUGAUCUGGGUCAUUGUUAUUUACCACAUGAGAAGGAAAAAUGAAGACUAUAGUAUCACGAACACAGACGAGCUCAAUCUGCCUGCAGACAUUCCCAGCUACUUGUCUUCCCAAGGAACACUGUCUGAGCCACAGGAAGGCUACAGCAACUCUGAGGCAGGUAGUCAUCAGCAACUUAUGCCUCCUGCCAAUGGAUAUUUACACAAAGGCGCUGAUGGUGGCACUGGCACCCGGGUUAUCUGCUCAGAUUGUUAUGACAAUGCUAACAUCUACUCCCGGACCCGAGAAUACUGUCCAUACACCUAUAUUGCUGAAGAGGAUGUUCUAGAUCAGACACUGUCCAGCCUUAUGGUCCAAAUGCCCAAAGAGACUUAUUUGGCACAUCUUCCCCAAGAUGCCACCACCCUGGAGAGCCUGGUAUCUGCAGCAGAUAGAGAGAUGUCUGCCUUUCCCACCAACCAUGAGAGGAUAAAUGAGAAGAAACUUUCCUCCACACAGAAGAGCAGUGAACCCUUGCAGCGGCCUCUGUGGAACAUAAGCAAAGAACCAGGUAUGCCUCAUCCUCCUUUAUCGCAGCAGUCAGUCUUUGAGUCACCACAACUCCAUCAAAACGAGGGCCUGGCAGAGAGUGAUCCAGACUGUUCCACUUCCCCCAUGCCCUGUCACAGGUUACACGACCACACUUUUGAUUUUAGUAGGACUCGGAACAUUCAAGAUGGCAGUGAGGGCACAUGAAACUCACUCCAGAAUGAAAUCUGGGCAGACUCAAAUUAGUUGAUUUUGUAUUUACUACCUCAGAGUUUGGAAGAAACCCCAAAGUCAGCAUUUGCUUUGCUCUUUGUCUACAAUUACAUCUGACCACAUCAAGGGGGCCCAGACAUUUGUUUGGGCUUAUACUUGACGAAAAAAGGGUAAUGGCUGACAGAAAUGGGUACAUCUAAUAGAAUAUGUGCAACACAGGAGGAGGAAGAUAGAGGACAGAGUGCUGUCUUAUGGUUCUACUGGGAUGUGCCCAGGUGCUCAUUGCCUGUUAGGGAGAGUCUCAUUGCUGCUUAACACCCUGGAUUGUCUCAACCUACCGAAUGAUCCUGAGUAAACAACGCUGUUCUAUUUUGCCUUCCAAGGAACAAAAAUAACUUUGGAGCCCCCCGGGAAGUGUGCCUGGGAUUCUGCAGUGGUUUUAAUCCUAUAGUUGAGAGUGGGGCUUUGAUAUUCAAGGUCUUCGACAAGAAUCCUAGACUUGACCAACUACUGCUAGGUCGAGUGUUUUGUAUUCUUGUGAAUCUCUCUCUUUCUCUCUCUCUCUUUUUUUUUUGGUCCCUGUCACCCAGGGAUCUCACUGUAUAUAUAUGUGCAUUUAUAAAUAAUUUUCGUAUUCAUUGGUCAUAUGUGUUGCAAUGUAAAUAUUUUUGAUACGCCAAAAUUAUAUAUAAUAUUCAGUUAUAAUAUUGACAGCUGCUUCUCAGACCACAGAUUUUGUACAACUUGGUUUAGUGAAUCCAAAGACUUUGUUUAAAGUUUUAAAUACGUAUUUGUUAAGAAGUAUAAGUAUAGAAGCAGGGUACCUAGUAAUUGUGUACACACAAACACAAUCUUGGUGUAAUUAACCACUUUCUUUAUGCCUAAAGAUUUGUACAGCUAAUCAUUUGUCAUCUGUUUACAAGUGCCAGGUAAUAUAAUCUUUCAAAAUAUAAUCUUUCAAAAAGGCUUUUUCAAACGACUAGCAGUCUUGUCAUUGUUAUAUGCACAUAGAUAAAGGAAAACUUGUUUGGGGAAUAUCUUCCUUCAGCAAAGUACUUAGUUGAUGAGGAAACCAAAGAUUGCUUUUUUUCUGUGUGUGUGUGUGUGUGUGUGUUUUUUAAAAUAAUAUCUCUUCUACCAAUGCACAGUAUGUCUUAAGAAGGGAAGACUGCUUUUGGGAGUAGAAGAACGUGCAGAAAUUCUUAUACUGUAAAGCUUUAGAGUGGUCCUUGUUUUGUACAAGUGAUUUUUUUUUUU